GAUUUGCAGUGCCGCAGGGCAACAGAAAACUUGAGCCUUUCCCUGCAGAACACAACUCAGGUAUUUUGCUUGUAACCUGGGCUGGUUCGACAUUGCACAUCCCGGCGAACAAUGGCCAUUCUCUCAACGCCCUUGCAGUAUCUCAGCUCAAUACCGCCUGUAACGCGUGCUUUCACGGCAGCCACCAUUUGUGUUUCGUCGUUAUACUUCUGGAUACAAUGGACGGGUGAUACUAUCUAUGUGCCAUAUCUUACGCUCGUACCAGGCUCAAGUCUAUUUUAUCCAUGGACAUUUGCAACCUCAGCGCUAGUGGAAGUGAGCUUUAUUGAGCUCAUCGUCACCCUUCUCUUCGUUCCACCCUCGUUACGGUACUUUGAAAGACUGUGGGGAGCCAUUGAGACAAUCAAGUUUAUCGUCGUUUGCGUCACCAUUCCGAAUAUAAUCGCUUUUGCGUUCAACUGGAUAGAAUACGUAGCCACGACAAAUGCAGACCUUUUCUUAUACGGAAUGCAGUAUCAUGGUCAAAUGGCACUAAUAACAGGUAUUCUUGUCGCUUACACACAAGUCAUCCCAGAGCAUCAAGUUCAAGUAUUGGGCGUGUUUAAAGCCCGUGUAAAAAGAUUGCCAAUGGCUUAUCUUACGUUUUCUACUAUUAUGACUUUCAUUGGCUUCCAAUGCCCGUACAUCGUCAUCCAAUUUGGCUGGCUAGCGGCAUGGGUGUAUCUUCGCUUUUACAAAAAGAACACAUCGGAUACCGUGGGUGGAAUAGAAACUUAUGGCGACCGUAGCGAAACAUUUGCUUUGAUUUACUGGUUCCCUCCUUUGGUUCAUCGCCCCAUCUCUCUCCUUGCAAACACAGUGCACAGCAUUGCAACGCGUUUCCACCUUAUUCCAAACUCAGCGUCUGCUGAUAUAGAGUCUGGUGGGUACAGUCUAACACCUGGCGGCGCUCGUGCGGAGGCAGAAAGACGACGGGCUCUUGCGCUGAAAGCUUUAGAUCAACGGUUAGCUAGCUCGUCAGCUGGUUCGCCGUCUCUCAAUGGAUCAUCUCAGUCCCAACCCCAAUCUCAGCCCUCCCGACCACCUCCCGCAGCUGUGACUCCCCGCCCAGAUGAGCGAAAAGCUAGCCCUGGAACGUCUGAGGUAGACCUUGCUGAUUCGCCUAGUUCCAGUGAUGAGAGACGAUAGUGUACUAAAUCAUUUAUAAGUAGUAAUUGUUGGGGGUUGUCCAUUUCGUUGCCUGCUCUUUCAUGUCAUGCCAUCCUGUCUUGCAUUUUGCCAACUCUUUAAGCUCUCCAAUACAUACCAUGUUACGUAAUUCUCAAAGCGGUGCGAAUGUAGGGCUGCAAAGCCAACCUGAACCUG